AUGGGUAUAUGAGUUAGGCUUUGAGCCCCUGAUGUGAGUUGCAAGAAUCGUCGACUUCUGUCCGCCUCACCAAAUUCUAUUACCUGUAUUUCAAUGAGUUGUAUGUGGACACAGCCAUGCCCAAGUGUGCUCUCUGCCAGGAAACAUUCCCAUCAAAAGUAAAACUUGUGCAACACUUUGGCGAGGCUCAUAGUAUUGCCAGGCAAAGAGCCCGGCGCUCCAAGGUAGCUGAAGCUAUUAGACGCAUCACUGUAGAGGCUGAUAAUGAGGAAGUUAUAGUUCUAGAUGAACACGAGGAUGCUAAUUUCAUCACCAACACGAGACAGCCAUUACAUUGCUCAGAAUGUGAUGAUCAGUUUGCCACUCAUGCUAGUUUUCAGAGUCAUCAGUGUAAUCUUGGGAAUGAUGCCAAGUCUAAGAAGCAGCCCGUUUCAUGCCACUUCUGUGGACAGAAAUGCAAAGAUCGUCGUGGGGCUGCAAUUCACCAAGCAUUUUGUGAAAAGAAAAUUAAAGAGAGUUCAGAUUUAAGCCAACAAGAAGUAUCAAAUAAUAAUUUUGCUUCAUUAGAGACGAAUGUGAUAGGUUUACCAACGUUGUAUGAAUGUCCAGCUGAUGAUUGUGGAGCCAUAUUCAAAAAUGAGGACCAACUGGUAAGACAUGUAGAAAGGCAUCAUAUUGGGGAGGGCAUCACUAUUAUCAGAAGUAAUACACCCCCAAGAAGCCCUCCUUAUAGUCCCCAGCCAGAACCACAUGUUCCAGUACCUCGGCAAUCAACACAACCCCCUCUUGUGACAGUUACUAUGAAGCCCCAUAUUGGCAAAACUGAAGGGUUACAGGACCUGUCUCUCCUCAUAACUCCAACAAAAACUGUUGACAGAGCCCCAGAAUUUCUUGACUGUGAUACUGAUGAUUCCUCAGCAUCAAAACAAGAUAUGGAAGAAAGCUCCACCAGCAUCACUAUGGAAGAAUACCGAGCCUUAGAUGGAGGGGUUGGAGGAAAUGGUGAAGCGGUGCUGUAUGUUGCAGAAGAUGGAUCUGUACUUCAGGCAUCGCAAACAAGCUGCCAGCUAGAUGGCAAUGGUCUUAAUAACAUUGGAAGGGAGGAAGAGACCUUUCUGAUAAUUACAGGUGAUGAUCACAAAAUAAAGCCAGAGAAGUUUACAUGUAGCACUUGUGAACUGCAUUUUUUUGAUAAAAAUUUGCUUUCAGAACACAUUCUCAAACACCACAACACAAGUAGAGACUUCUCCAACAUUCAGAUUAAAAGUGAGCCAAUGGAUAUUGAAGAGGAGCAGCUAGAAGACAGAAAUGAGGAUGAUGAAGACUGGGAAUUAUAUUUGUAUGAUAGAAGAAAAAAAUACAGUGCAGAUGUUAAGGUUGAAAAGGGAAAGCUUGAAUACAAAUGUAGUCUUUGUAAGCGACACUUUCUCUCUGAAUUAAGUUAUCAGACCCAUGUAAGAAACAAAGAAUGCAAAACCAAAAAAUUCAAGUUACCCAGAAUGUUUUCUUGUCAUUUCCCACAGUGUGAUUCAUCAUUCUUUAAGCUUACUGAGCUACAGAGACAUUGGCAGAUUGCUCACAAAUUUUCAAUGGCUACUAAAAAUGUAGAAUUUGAGGAUGAAAGAACAUUUACAGAUUGGUUAGCUGAAGAAGAAGAGAAACACAAAGUGCGUUUCACCUGUGAUGUUAAGCGCAGGAAGCCUCACCGAACUGAGCGAUUACUAGUGUGCCACAGGUUCCACCAUCUCCGUACAGCAGCUGCAAGGAAGAGUGCAAAGCGUGAGUAUUCAGAUAGACACAACUGGAUCCACAAAAUUCAAGCUUGUUUGUGUUUUGCUAGAAUGAAAGUAUACCAAGACUUUAAUGAAGAAACAUGUGAUUACACAGGCAAGAUAAGUGUUGUAUAUUAUUUUGAACAUAGUCACCCUGACAAUGAGUCACGGGAAGGUAAGGAAGAGAUCUUGGAUCAUAUUUUACAGCGAAAUAAGCGCAAUAGAAAUACUCAGUUCCAAGACUUAAAAGGCAACGAAAAACUGCUUCAUCGUCAGAAGUUAGAAAAGUUUGCCAGGAUAGCAGGAAGAGAGUAUCGUUCCUCAAUCAAAAGUACAAAAAUGUCCGAUUCCGUUCGUAAAUUUAAAAAAGAAUCGGAGGAUCAUCCCGUCAUUAAUGAAGUGGAUGAAGACCAGAUAGCUGCAGUUCAGGUCGCUAACAACCUCUUAGGAAGUGAUGAACUAUUUGCAUCACAAGUAGAAAUGGUUUUAGAUGGACAGUUUGAUAUGGGUCACGAAGUGCUUGCGGGAUCAGUGGUGACGCACCUUGAUAAUCUUCCCAUUUUUGGCGGUGACAGAGUGGAGCAAAGUAGCUACAGGGACGACGAGGAAGGUCAGGAGAAGAACGAUACUAAAGAACUAGAAGAGGAAGAAUCCACAAUGCAGGCAGUAUUACCUGCCAGCACUGCAGACUGGGAGAAACUGUUUGCAUUGGUACGAUCUAGAGUUUCAAGUGAGGAUAACAAUGCCAUUAAGGCUGAGGCAGCUUUAGUUCUUCCCUAUGAAAAAGUGAUAGAACUUGUAUCGCCCAGUGAACAGAUACCUAUAUUCAGACAGUUAUGGGAACUGGCUUACCCAACUAGUCAAUCUCAGGACUGUGUUCAGCUGGAAAUUAGAAUGGUGAGAUAAUUUUUAGAUUUAUGUUAUCAUAUGGAUAAUAACUUUCAUUGACACUGUGACUAGUGAGAAGCAUUGUAUGGACUUUGGACUUGUAUGUGAUUUAAUGAGUUUAAUUAAAUUUUGAAAAUCAUGGCAAAGUUAUUAUAAGUUUGCAUAUUUAUUUCUAUGCUGAUCACUUGUUUUAGACCUGUAAAUUCCUGUAUAUUAAUAAAUCUUUUGUUAAAA